AUGGGGGAGUGGACCAUCCUGGAGCGCCUGCUGGAGGCAGCAGUGCAGCAGCACUCCACCAUGAUUGGACGGAUCCUGCUGACGGUGGUGGUGAUCUUCCGCAUCCUGAUCGUGGCCAUCGUGGGCGAGACCGUGUACGAGGACGAGCAGACCAUGUUCAUCUGUAACACCAUGCAGCCGGGCUGCAACCAGGCCUGCUACGACAAGGCCUUCCCCAUCUCCCACAUCCGCUACUGGGUCUUCCAGAUCAUCCUGGUGUGCACGCCCAGCCUGUGCUUCAUCACCUACUCCGUGCACCAGUCGGCCAAGCAGCGCGACCGCCGCUACUCCUUCCUCUGCCCCCUGCUGGAGAAGGACUACGGGCGCGCCGAGUUCCCGCGCAAGCUGCGCAACAUCAACGGCAUCCUGGUGCAGAACCCCGACGGCGGCGGCAAGGAGGAGGCCGAGUGCCUGGAGGUGAAGGAGAUCCCCAACGCCCCGCGCGGGCUGACCUACUCCAAGAGCUCCAAGGUGCGCCGGCAGGAGGGCAUCUCCCGCUUCUACAUCAUCCAGGUGGUCUUCCGCAACGCGCUGGAGAUCGGCUUCCUGGCGGGCCAGUACUUCCUGUACGGCUUCAACGUGCCCAGCAUCUUCGAGUGCGACCGCUACCCCUGCGUGAAGGAGGUGGAGUGCUACGUGUCGCGGCCCACCGAGAAGACCGUGUUCCUGGUGUUCAUGUUCGCGGUCAGCGGCAUCUGCGUGGUGCUCAACCUGGCCGAGCUCAACCACCUGGGCUGGCGCAAGAUCAAGACCGCCAUCCGGGGGGUGCAGGCGCGGAGGAAAUCCGUCUGCGAGGUGCGCAAGAAGGACAUCUCGCACCUGUCGCACGCGCCCAACCUGGGCAGGACCCAGUCCAGCGAAUCCGCCUACGUUUGAGCGCUGAUUCGCUCUCGGGGAGGGGCCGGAGGGGGGGCCUGGUUUGAUUUGGGUCCUGCGGCAGACGGGACUAGGGGCAAGGCUUUUGGUGCACUUCGCUGGAAGUGUCGGAGAAACUUUGUGGAAACCAAACAAUGGUCCAAUUUCUUUUUUUCUUUUUUUUACAAUGCACAUUUAAGGGUCAGUCUGUAAAACCCUUAAAUGGAGAAUGGGUGCUGGUUUUUCGGGAUUUCAGGUAAAGGGAGAGGCAAAGGCAAAAAGGCCACUUUUUCAGGGCCCUUUGUCAGAGGGGGGUCUGCCUCGAACAUCCACAGAGAAAAUGGCGACCAAACAGAAAGCUGAUUGGACAGCACCAGAAGGCACAGGGUGUGUGUCACUCUGCAAAGCCCAAUGGGCCUCUGCUCUUUGAUAAGAAAUGCAAAAAAAUAAAAUAAUUGUUUUAAUUUUAGAAUCGAAGUGCAGGAAAGAGACGGGUGGGACUUCUGUUGGAGCGGAAAGGCAAGCCCUGGAUCUCUUCAACAACGAUGGUGCCACAUGAAAACCCCACUGUUUUUAACUGAUCGCAUUCCCACGGCACAAUGCAGGGAUUUAUUUUCACUCCUUUAUUCUCUUUUUCUCCCUCGGUGGCCUGCAAUUUCAGACUAACAGC